AAUUGCAGGAUUGCGAAGGAUAGGACCGUGACAAAACGACGUCGUUUGAAUUUGUGGCGAAGUGCGAAGUCCACAACAGUUGAUAGUUGAUUGCAUCUGCGCAGAACGGAGACCUUAAACCUUUGUGUCGAGAAUCUUAGCCAUGGGUAGCAACGGAUUGAGGUACGAGAUCGCACAAAACGCUUACAUCAAACUCGUGCUUCACUCCCUCAAACACCCAACCUCCGCCGUCAACGGCAUCUUGAUCGGUCGCAUCUCCCCUUCCAACGACGUCGUCGAGAUCGCCGAUGCCGUCCCUCUCUUCCACUCUCACAUUCCUCUACUUCCGCAAUUGGAGAUAUCUCUCAUUCUGAUAGAGGAAUAUUUUUCUGCAAAAGGGUUGAACAUAGUGGGCUAUUUUCACGCGAAUGAGAGAUCUGAUGACAGUGAGCUUGGAAGUGUGGCCAAAAAUAUCGGUGACCACAUAUGCCGCUACUUUCCUCAAGCCGCCGUUCUAUUGUUAGAUAACAAGAAGCUUGAUGCUUUGAAAAAGAGCAAGGAACGUAGUGCCAUAAUGCAGCUUUAUGUUAGGGAUACAUCUAAGAACUGGAAGUUGGUUUCCUCUGAUGCAAACCGUUUCUCUCUCAAAGAGCCAUCGGCAAAUGUAGUCUUAUUGGACUAUAUUGCAACUGAGAAGUGGAAUGGAAUUGUAGAUUUUGAUGAUCAUUUGGAUGACAUUAGCAAGGAUUGGCUAAACCCAGGGCUGUUCAACUGAUCCCAUCACUUGUCUCCAUUUUGCACGAUUUACUUUGCAAGUGGAGGAUGUUUAGACUAAUAUUGUGGUGCAAAUGUUGGAUAGUCAACAAUGAACAAUUAGGGACUAUAAAUUUUACCUCAGGGAAGUUGCUUCACGAAGAUUUUUCAGUUGCAUAAACAGGAUAUUUACUACCAGUUCGAAAAGGAUUUUGGUUGCAGAGCCUUUUUUGUUUUUUUUUUCUCUUGGGUGUAGGUAUACUAUAGUGGAGUUUGUUUUCUUAUCUGCGAAUUGUUUGUGACGUUGUGUUUCUUGGUAUAAACAACAUAACCAUCACGUCUAUUAUCUAAGGCCAUGUUUGGGGUGGA